AUGAAACUCUCCAGUGACGAAAUGAUUACAGCCUCAUCAGAGGAGAGCCAUCAGCUGAGCUAUAAUACCGCAACCUAUCAUACUGGAAAUAAACAGGAGUCAGUUUGUCAACCUGUUCCCCAGAUUGGUAGUCCAACUGCUCUAGGCAUGGGUGCAUUUGCAAUAGCCUUUACUACUCUAUCGAUGAGUCUGAUGGAGUGGCGAAGUGCAGUAAUUACCAACGCGUAUAUUGGAAACUGCUUUUUCACAGCUGGAAUGGGCCUGGUACUGGUGGCUCAGUGGGAACUCGUGCGUGGAAACUCAUUUGGACAUACUGUUUUUGGUGGAUUUGGUCUGUUCAACCUAGCCUUUGGGGCGAUUAACGCGCCAGCCUUUGGGGUGGCGGAUGCAUUCAAAGAUGACCCUGCUGCACUAAACAAUGCCGUCGGAUACUUCUUACUCGUUUGGGGUAUAUUCGUUCUCUUCUUUACCAUCGCUGCAAUGCCAAUGAACUUCGUCUACACGGCUAUGCUUGGAACCUCUCAGAUUACAUAUACUGUGCUGGCCGCUUCUUACUUUUCGAUGGCAGACGAUCGAGUAUCUACUGGAGUAGCUCUCAAGAAAGCUGCGGGCGCAUUCGGAUUUGUGUCUGGGUUAUUUGCAUGGUAUACAGUUGGUCACCUGAUGUGUCAAGAUGCACUUUUAUUUUCAUUUCCGUUGGGGGAUACGAGUUCUUUGUACGCUCGGUUGAGGCGAAAGAGAUGA